UAGAACUGGGGUUCUUAGAAGUGGUGAUGCAAGGAGUUUCUAGGAAAGCGCGCCGACCAGGUCUGAAAGCAUCGCUGGGACUGUGAAUUGAAGCACGAGGCAUGUCCUUGCAAUUCCAUGCUUGCCCAGCCACAUCACAAAGCGUCCCCAGUGGAAUAUUUCAUUAGACACAGCUGGAAACCAUAUUCAGGAUACAUUCAAGAUGGCCUCCCUGGCAGACAGCUGUAUCCAGUUCACUCGGCAUGCCAGCGACGUCCUCCUCAAUCUCAACCGCCUUCGAAGCAGGGACAUCCUUACGGAUGUGGUCAUCAUUGUCAGUCGGGAGCAGUUCCGGGCCCACAAGACGGUCCUGAUGGCCUGCAGUGGCCUUUUCUACAGCAUUUUCACUGAUCAGCUCAAGUGCAACCUGACCAUCCUCAAUUUAGACCCUGAGAUCAGCCCCGAAGGGUUCGGCAUCCUGCUGGAUUUUAUGUACACGUCUCGCCUCAACCUGCGGGAGAGUAACAUCCUGGCGGUCAUGACCACCGCCCUCUACCUGCAGAUGGAGCACGUGGUGGACACCUGCCGAAGGCUCCUGAACUCCAGUGAAACAGAAAUGGUGUCCGCUACCAAGAAUCCCCGGGAAGACCUUUUGGCCAGCCAGAUGCUCAGCCAUCCGGGGCUGAUGGCGUACAGGACCAGAGAAAUCUCAGAAGGCAGCUUACCUCUUCGGAAUGGCCCACUUUGCGACGGGCGAGCUUUUGUCCCCGGCUUGUACAGCAGCAUGUCCGGAUCCCCCGUUUCCUACACUAGCUACAACCCUGUGCCCAUCAGUGGGUACCUUUUCUCGGACGAAGAACUGCGAGAGGCAAGGAUGCCCCCCUCAGAGGUGUUGAGAGGGCAUCCUUUCUUGAGGGAGCGGGUGGCACCGUGCAAUGUGUCUCGAGCCGCCGAGUAUACCAGAACUGCGGCUAAUACCUCCCCAAGCCUGUGCCAAGCCGCUGUCUACUCUCCAAAGGAUGCGGCGGCCGAGGAGAUCAAACGCGACGUCCACUACAGUGCUGCUCCUGGCCCGGAGCCUGCUGCCUCCCUGACUCACAACAGCGCCUACUUUGGCUGCGAUAAGGGCAGCCAGGAAGAAGAGCGGCCCGCCCCCGAAGCGAAGAGGGGCCAGCACUUUGAGCCCACCAACACGCCCGUGAACCGGAAGGUGGUGACCAGCCCUCAGAGCCCCCAGAAGUCGGACUGCCAGCCCAAUUCGCCCACUGAGUCCAGCAGCAGCAAGAAGGCCUGCAUCGGCCAGAGUUCGGCUUCGGUCAAGAGCCUCACCGAUCCCAAGGCUUGCAACUGGAAGAAGUACAAGUUCAUCGUGCUCAAUUCACUCAAUCAGAACGCCAAGGAGGACGGCCCUGAACACGCCGAGGCCGGGGCGCUCUCUCCGCAGCCGUACGCGCCCUCGCUGGCCUGCCCGCAGCCCCUGGAGCCCGAGAACAUGGAUGUGCAGUCCCCCACCAAACUCAACAUCGGCGGGGAAGACUCGACUAUCCCACAAGCAAGCCGCCUGAACACCAUUCUUAACAGGUCCCUCGACGGGUCCCCUCGGAGCAGCGAGGACCAGUCCCCGUUGUACCUGCAUUCGUCCAAAUGCAGCUCGUGCGGGUCCCAGUCCCCCCAGCAUCUGGAAAUGUGCCUUCAUACCCCUGGAUCCAACUUUGGAGAGGAAAUAGGAGAAACGCAGUCUGAAUACUCGGAUUCCAGUUGCGAAAACAGGUCCUUUUUCUGCAAGGAGUGCCAGUGCCCGUUCUCGGAAGAGGCCGCUUUCAAGAAACAUUCCCUCCAAACGCACAGUGACAAGCCGUACAAGUGUGACCGUUGUCAGGCUUCGUUUCGCUACAAGGGGAACCUAGCCAGUCAUAAAACUGUGCACACAGGCGAGAAACCGUACCGCUGUGGCAUCUGCGGGGCGCAGUUCAACCGUCCGGCCAACCUCAAGACUCACACGCGGAUCCACUCAGGAGAGAAGCCGUACAAAUGUGAAACGUGCGGGGCGCGGUUCGUGCAGGUUGCCCACCUCCGAGCACACGUGCUCAUCCACACUGGGGAGAAACCGUAUCCAUGCGAAAUCUGCGGGACGCGUUUCCGACACCUGCAGACGCUCAAGAGUCACUUGCGGAUCCAUACUGGAGAAAAGCCCUACCAUUGUGAAAAGUGCAACCUGCACUUCCGACACAAGAGCCAGCUGCGCCUGCACCUUCGGCAGAAACACGGCGCCAUCACGAACACCAAGGUGCAGUACCGCCUUUCGGCUGUCGACGAUCCCCCAGAGCUCUCCAAGGCGUGCUGAAGACUGGCGCAGGGACGGUGGGCGAGGAGCAGGGUCGUCCAAAGGACGCUUCGGUCACUUUAGGAAAAACUGUUGUCAUUCUUGCUGUUUGUGUUGUCGUCGUCACACAUCGGAGUGCCUCUAGAAGCCCAGUGCGCAAGCAGGGGAAGGAGACAGGGGGAAACAGGGAGAUGCUUUACGUUCGUUUUACGUUGGUCGGUUUCGUUCCCGAUGUGUAAACUUACAGUUGGACUACUUGUGUGCAUUGUGCGUGUGCGACUGUGAGAGAGGUUGAGGGUAAACGACCUUUCUUAAAAAAGUCUGUGCUGGGGAAUGUCAGAUAUUCACCCUCCGCGGGCAGAAAUUGAGGAAUGUAUAUUGUUUUAUGGGAGCAAAAUGUGUUUCUUUUUAUGCAGAUGUGUGUGUUUUUCACAAAAGAGAAAGAGAUUGUAUAUGGGAUAAGAAAGGGGAGGGGGCUUUAACUUUUUAACCAAAGGUGAAGGAAUCUAUGACAGAAUUGUAAAUAUAUGAAUAUAUGUGACAUAUAUAUACAUAUAUAUAUGUGCGUGUAUGUGCGUGUAUGUGUAUAUAUAUAUAUAUAUAUGACACACACAUAUAUAAAUACAUAUAUAUAUGUACCUUUAAAAAGAUAUUAUAUAUACAUAUAUAUUAUAUAUAUAUAUAUGUAUAAACGCAUUGAAGUCUCUGUGUUUGGUCUCUGCAGGCAGAUGGCUGAUGGGAGCCUUCAUUGCAAAGCAGCACUUAACAAGAUAUUUUAAAAGUUCUGCAUCGGUAUUAGUGAGAAAAUAUUUUGUCUAAGAGCAUUGAGUGUGUAUUUGUAUUUUUUUGCAAGUGAAGGUUUACAAUUUACAAAAAAAAAGUGUGUAUUAAAAAAAACAAAGCUGCAGAAGGAAUUUAAAAUAAUAUAAAGUGUAUUUUUUUCCAGUCUGUAUAUAUGUACAAUGUUUGGGGAUUUAUUUUUGAUUUUUUUCACAGUGCCUUUCUUUUCAACUAAACUAAAUCCCAGUUUGGCGGUACGGUCUAAGAUGGCUAAAGAGGGUCAGGGCAAACUUUGGAUGGAAAAAGUCUGUUUUGUUCUUU